AUUUAGCUGUUUGGAAGCAGCACAGCUAGGAGAAUAGACUUUUAACGCUAAGAUUUGAAAUGCGCUAAUAGCUGAGCUUAGCUGGAGAUUUCCGCUAAAUGGGCCAUGAAAUAGCGGCCGCUAAAGAAGCCUGCGCACUGAAAAUCUGAAAUUUGGGUGCGGCCCAAAUUUUCCCCAGCCCAAAAGUAUUCGGUUAGCCUAACUGGCUAACCCUAGCGUGCUUUCCCCAUCUGUUACCUCUCUCCUGUCUCUCGUGCGUCUCAUGGCGGCGGCGGUGGAUCUGGUUCCCUGAACCAGCCAGCAGCGCCCACGCCGAGCUCGCCGGCGCCUGCGCGCAGCACGCACACCUCCUCAGCUCCUCGCCCUCCUCUGCAUCGAGGUCGCCACUGCGUUGGUGCCGGCCGCCUGCUACGUCGCCGUCAACGACUCCUCCUCGCAGCUCGCUGCUGCCGGCCGCCUGCUAUGCCGCCGCCUGCAACGAUGUCUCAGGCCGGCCAAGAGCAGGCAACACCAACAGGGAACCCAUCAAGUGCAGCCUCUGCCUCAGUGACAAAUUCAGCAAAAUCACAAGUUGUUAUUAACUCCGAUGACCCUGCAUGGGCACAUUGUUAUUGCCCAGAUGCAUCCAAGAAGCAUUGGUUGAAGUGCAUGUACUGUGAUAAGCUUUGCACUGCCGGGAUUACAAGAAUUAAGUAUCAUCUUGCUGGCAUUAAAGGAUUCAAUGUUAAAAAGUGUUUACAAGUUCCAACUUCAGUGAAGGAAGAGAUGUUUGGUUUGCUCACAAAGAAGGUAGAAGAAAAGGAUCAGAAAGCCAACGAAAAGCAAAGGGACAAAGAUGAAGUUGAUAUAGAUAUCUUGGAAGAUGAAAGCAAUGGUGAAGAAGAUUUUGAUCAGGGAAAUGAAGUUCUCGUACUGAAGCCAAAGCCAAGCAAAGCUGCUAGUAGCUCCAGAUCGGUGGCAGGUGGUGGCGCUAUUGAGAAGUAG